AAUAAUAAUAAUAAUAAUAAUAAUAAUAAUAAUAAUAAUAAUAAAUAAGUAUGGAGUGGGUGAUAUAAAAAAAAGAAAAGAAAAGAAAGUGGAAGCCCCAUGUGCUGUCUUCUACGUGUAUCAGUGUGAGUGAUAUAAAACAAAGAAAAGAAAAGAAAAUGGAUGUAUCAGUGUGCCCCCCAAACCGAGAUGCCUUUAUUGUUAAAAAAAAAAAACCUUUCUCUCCCUAACCUCUCUCCCCCCCAAACCGAGAGAGAGAGAUCGAUGUCAGACCGAGACAGGCAAAUAGAGCAGCUGAAGAAGUGUGAGCCCUUGAAGGAGUCCGAAGUCAAGGCUCUUUGCCUCAAAGCCAUGGAAAUCCUCGUCGAAGAGAGCAAUGUUCAGAGAGUCGACGCACCUGUCACCAUUUGCGGCGAUAUCCAUGGGCAGUGUGAUGACAUGAAGGAACUUUUCAAAGUAGGAGGUGAUUGUCCAAAGACUAAUUAUCGGCGGCGGCGUGCUCGGCCGGGCGAAGGUGGAGAAGGCGGCGCGGCGCAACGCCGAGCUAUCUGCGAGGGCGGCGCAGCUGAGCGCGGAGGCGCAGGCAGGACAGGCUCGGGCGAGGGAGCAGGAGGCCACGGCGGCGGCGCUGCAGGAGCGGCUUCAGCAAGCCAGAAGGAGCGGCGGAGGGGAGAGGGGAUGCUCCAGCGGAGGAGAGAAGCGGAGGACGCCGAGUCGGCGGAUAUUGAACCGGACCGAGUGGACCGAGUUGCUGUGUAGAAAAUAAGUCAAUCAGAGAGGGACUUUGUAAUAGCUAGUGAUGGCAGGUAUGUGUAGAAAAUAAGCGGAAUAGGUUGAAGUCCGGCGGGCAGCUAAGGUGAGGUUGCCGCCCGCCGGGGAAGCGAAAAUAUCAGGUUCUAAACCUGCUCUGAUACCAUGUU